AUGGCACCUUACUGGCACGUGGCACGUCCAUCCUGGACCGGGGGCUGGUGUCAAGAGGGUCAACAAGACAGGACAACUGCUCCACCUCUGUCAACAGGCACUCCUGAUGCUGGUGUCCUGGCCCAGCCCAAAUCCAGCACUCCUGUUGUAGCAUUUGUGCAGUUCCCUAGGGUCCCAGUGCUGUGGAAGACAUCAGCCCUCGUCUCUGUACCAAAGACACCACGUCCCAGUGGUGCCCAGGAUUACAGGCCUGUGGUACUGACCUCCCACAGUGAAAGUGAUGUGCCAAGGAUCAGCAUGGAGGAUCCAAACGAUUCACAUCCUGAAGAAAUUCCUGGAGUUAGAGAAAACCUGGAAAACAACGCCACUGCUGCAGCAGCUGCAAGGAUUCAACAAUGUUUAGAAACACUAAAUAAUAUUCCACUAAAUAUCGCCAUCACAGGAGAAACUGGAUCUGGUAAAUCCACCUUUGUUAAUGCCCUCAGAGGGCUGUCCAAUGAUGAUGAGAAAGCUGCGCCUACUGGUAUUACAGAAUCAACCUUAGAGUGUACGCCAUAUCCCCAUCCAAACUAUCUCAAUGUUACUUUAUGGGAUAUUCCUGGAAUCGGCACCACCAAGUUUCCAGCUGAUAAGUACCUGAAGCUUGUUGGAUUUGAGAAGUUUGACUUCUUCAUCAUCAUCUCAGGCAUUCGCUUUACAGAAAAUGACGUGAAACUUGUAAAAGAGAUUGAGAGGAUGGAGAAAAAGUUCUACUUUGUUCUCUCAAAAAUUGACAACGAUAUACGAGCUGAGAGAAGAGAGACAGACUUCAGUGAAGAGGAGACUCUUAAAGUAAUCAGAGAAGACUGCGUUCACAGAGUUGCACAGUUAGGCAUCGAGUCUCCAAAGGUCUUCCUGGUGUCUAGCUUUGAGCUCCACCUGUAUGACUUCCCUCUGUUACAGCAGACCUUAGAGAGAGACCUUCCUAAGAACAAGAGGGACACUCUGCUGUUUGUCAUGCCCAACAUCAACCCAGAGAUCAUCAUCAAGAAGAAGGAAGCUUUUCAGAACAAAGUAUAUUACUACGCUACUCUGUCUGCAAUUGGAUCAGCUGUUCCACUUCCUGGGCUUUCCAUGGUUGUUGAUCUUGCUGUGCUGGUUAGUGCUGUCACAGAAUAUGUUUUUGCGUUUGGUCUCAAUGUGUCAUCUCUGAAGGGACUUUCUGCCAGAACAGGUGUGCCAUACGCUGAUCUGUGUGCUGUCAUCAAUUCACCACUGGCUGCAGCAGAAAUAACUAAAGCGCGCGUCCAGCAGGCACUGACCGAACUUAAACACAGAGCUACAAGAACUGCAGCAUCCAGAUAUAUUCCAAUUUUUGGAAUCCCAUUAGCACUGAUUUUCUCUUUCAACGAAAACUGCAAAACUCUGGAAUCGAUCCUUGAUGAGUUUGCUGAUGAUGCUCAGAGGGUGUUCGAAAGAGCUUUAGUCUGAAUACAUCAGCGUGAAUUUGAAAGUAAAAGAUGAGUAAUGAAUCAUCAAUAAUAAAUAUACUGAAACCUGUAGUCCGUACAUAGCUUGUACACUCGCUACAGCUAUACCCUGUACAUACUUAUAGUAUACUCAUAACAUACCAUGUAUAUUGUAACAUACCUAUAAUAGAGCUAUAUUCUGUAUUAUAUCUACAUUAUCGCUAAAGAACUUUCUGAAUGGAUGCAAACUGCAUUUCGUUGCCUUGUACUUGUGACAUGUGCAAUGACAGUAAAGUUGAAUUCUAUUCCAUUCUAUUCUAAACCAAAUCACGUUGCACUUGUACGUUUGAGCCAUAAUCAUGCUAUAGUUAAUAAGUGUAUCAAAGGCCUCAGCAAGUCUCAUUUCUUCUCAUUAAAUCAAUACAGGAACAAAUGCGAUUUUAUUAAUCAGAUAAAAACUGUUAGGAAGAGCUACUAACUUUUUUUUCUAAUCUUUUGGUGAUUUGAUUUGGUAAUGUCAUUACUUUUUACAGAUCAGGUCAUGUGUUAGUUACUCCUGAAACAUCAUCAUCUGAACUUCUUUUGUUUGAUUUACUUUGUGAUGAAACUCUUUUUUGUUAUCAUAUCAUAGCUUACAGCAUAAUAAAUACUUUUACUGCAGCGUGUUUGAUGAUGAACAGAGAUGUGUGG